CAACAAACAGAAGAAGCUGUUAGCCUGAGUUCAUCAAACCUAGCCUAGCUUUGUUUGACUAACUUACGGCGGUUUUCAAUUCUGUUUUAUUAUCUCGUUGUUUUAUUUACUCACAACAGUUAUGAAAGGUAUACGCCUUAUUUAGUGUUGCUGUAUGCCUGUUUUUUUGUGUGGAGAUAUAAUCUUAAAGUCGGAUAGCUAAAGCUAACUAAGCAACGUUUUUUUGCUAGUAUGUUUAUUAUAUAUGGCAAAAAAUUGAUUUCUUGAUUAAAAAAUUGAUCUACUGCGUAUUUUUUUCGAAUGUGAAUUAAACAUGUUUACACUGCAGUUUAGACUGCUCGUGUAGUCAAUUACUUUGUUGAUUUGAAUCUAUUAAAUAAACAUUAUUGAUUAAUAAUAUGUCAGCGCAAAAAGACUGUGAGUUUUUAGUUAAAAGAGCCCGGGAAUUGGUUUCUGAUGAUCCAUGCGCGGCCAAAGCCUGGCUAAUAACAGCCAGAACCCUUUAUCCAACAGAUUUCAACAUACAGUAUGAAAUGUACAUAAUUGAACGCAAUGCAGAGAGGACAGCGUCGGCUGGGCGGCUUCUGUAUGACAUGUUUAUAAACUUUCCAGAUCAGCCGAUUGUAUGGCGUGAGAUCGCGGUGAUCACAGCUGCCCUCCGCAGUGACUCUCAGGAAAAACACGCUCAGUUUCUAAGAGCUCUUUUUGAGACUCUGCCUGGCCGUGUGCAGUGUGAGAUGCUGCUGAAAGCCACAGAGCAGUGUUUCAACACGUUGGAGAAGGCAGAGAUGCUGCUGCUCCUCCUGAAGCGCUUCCCAGAGUCAGUUGUCCAGCAUGGGGUUAAUUUAGGAGAGACCUUGUUGGAGGCAGAGGUAUCUGAAAAUGUGGAAUCUCCUGUCAACUGCUUCAGAAAGCUUUUUGUCUGUGAUGUCCUUCCUUUGGUUAUAAGUAACAUGGAUAUGCGCCUGCCUGCAAGCCUGAUGCAGAAAUACAUACUGAAAGCAGCUGAGUUCUACAUCGGUUAUGUGACUCGUGGACCUUCAGCUGAUAUGCAGAUACAGGGUAGCCAAGAUGGCGCGACCCUAAAGUCACCUGGAGUUUCUCGUGGCUCCCAGCGAUAUGUGAUUGAUGGUCUGUCUGAAAAAUCGUCAGUAGUGGCAGAGCCGUGGGAGAGGCUGCUGGACGUCCUAACUAUGGUCGGUGCUCGAUGCGAGUGGCAAGGCGACAAAGGACAGAGGAGUUAUAUAGACAUGCUGCAAAGAGUAAAAGAGCUGUGUCGCUAUCUACCUGGUCUGGAGGGAGAAACCAGGUCCCGCUACUACAGUCAGGUCGUCAUCUGUGCUGCACUCGUCCUCUUCCGCAGUGCCUUCCUCUACGUCUCAGCUGUACAACCAUCACUGUUCCAGGGUGUUGCUGGGAUCACUUCAGGUCCGUGGAUCCUCGUGGAGGAUUUGAGUCUGGUCUACAGUGAUGUGGAGGUGGACAGAGGGAUGCUGAAGCAUACACAUAAGAAACGCAAACUGGCUGAUGGGAGAGAGAAAACAAUGAGCUCAGACGAUGAGGAAGGUUUGGGAAAAGGCAGAGGUCGACAUAUUUUGGUCAACAAGACUGAGAUGCCUAACUGGUCAGAAACAUUGGAGAGUUUCCGUACAGCGAGGGAGAGUUGGGACCUCCUUCACUCUCACGAUGGUCUGGAAGCUGAGUUUAAGAAGAUCUGUUCUGCGUGGAAGACAGAAAGUUGGCUCUGGUUCAGGAUAUUCGUGACUGAUAUGAUUAUUUACCAGGGCCAUUAUCGUAAGGCCCUCUCCAGCCUGCAUCAGAUGGCUGCUGUGCAGCAGCCUCAACCCCCACAGCAGAGCCCCACAGGCCAGGCCAGUCUGGAGCACCACAGGGCCCUCAUCCAGCAGGCAUCCUGCCACUACGCUCUGGGAGAAUACAGAAUGGCCUGUGAGAAGCUCCUCGAUGUGGUUAGCGGACUGGUUCCUCCAAACUCUGAACUGACCAAAGCAACAGAAGAUCAUUCCAGAAUCAAGUCCAAGACCAGGAAAGGCAAUGACUUGAGGUUGCUUCCUUGCACCACCAGAGCUGUGUUACCAUUUUGUCUCCAGCUGAUGCUUGCUUGUUUUAAGCUCAGAGCCUUCACAGACAGCCGUGAUGACCUGUCUUUGGGCCAUGUGGUGGUGCUGCUGCAGCUUGACUGGCCACAGGGGGAGAUUCUGUUUUUAAAAGCUGUAGAUAAAAUCUGUCAGCAAGGCAGCUUCCAGUAUGAGAACUUCUUCAACUAUGUCACUAACAUCGACAUGCUGGAGGAGUUUGCUUACUUACGGACUCCAGAAGGAGGGAGAAUUCAGCUGGAGCUGCUCCCUAAUCAGGGAAUGCUGAUUAAGAACCCUAGCCCCGCCCUGGGGGUGGAGUUAAAUACCCUUCUGCUCCAAGGGGUGCAGACAAUGGAAAGACACCACACUGUGACCAGAGGGAUCACCAAAGGAGUGAAGGAGGAUUUCCGCUUAGCCAUGGAGAGACAGGUGUCCCGCUGUGGAGAAAAUCUGCUGAGCGUGCUUCACCGUUUCUGCAUUAAUGAGAAGAUAAUCAUCGUCCAGUCCCUUCCAUAACACCUCGCCUGAGUCUUUACAUUAGCACAAAAUAAGAGCAGGCAGGCUGGUUUUUAGAGCCGAAAAAGCUGGACUUUUCUCAUUUGGGAUAACACCUGUAAUCUGUUGCGACUCUGUGGAUUUCAGAGAACAGUAACGUCUAAAUCCUUCUUGUAUUUAGUGUUGGUGUUGAUGUUAAAUAAAGACUC